AACCGAUUGCGCCCGCGUGUGAUGAGAAGCAGAGCCGUGUGGCGCCCCUCCCAAAAAAGUUGUUUUACUUGCAGGGUGUAUUGAUCUCUAUCAUAGUAAAAUGGCGGAGUACACGCUGACCGUGACAACGGGUGACAUGUUGCACGCCGGUGGUUUUGACAACGUCUAUGUCACGCUGCUGGGUGCGCAGGGUCGGUCCAACUGCACGCAGUUGACCGGCGUCGGCCCGGUGAAUGAAACCGAAAAGGUGGGAACGUUUUCGGUGACGUCUGCGUUCACGUUGGGUUUCCUUCUCCUGCUCCAAGUGGAGAAAGAUCCUUUCCACGAAUCUGAAGCUAAGCCUUGGUUUUGCUCCACGAUUGCGGUGAGGACGCCGGAGGACGACGACGUAUUCUUCCCCUGCUACAAGUGGUUGUCCAGGGGUGACCUUGUGCUUUUGAGAGGAGGAAGAGCCACAAAAGCGUUUGAGGACUUUUAUCCACGACUCCAAGACCAACGGAAAAGGGAAUUAGUCCAACAGAAGUUGACAUACAAAUGGGAUGAGUAUGCUGAAGGAAUGGCUUUUGUCUUCAACGUCACAGAGCCAAAGUCACUCCUAGCAGAAGACCGCUUGUCAUUCUCCAAAGCCAAGCAUUUUGCGUAUAGGCGAAAGUUGGUGGAUGCACUCACAGAGGCGGGCAUACUGCAUAGUACGGCACGCUGGGAGAACUUUGAGGACAUGAAGAAUGUGUCAAAAUCAACCCUUGCAGAAAAAGUAUCUCAGCUCUGGAAGAACGACGACUUUUUUGCGUACCAGUUCCUCAACGGCGUCAACCCUUACAUGAUCCGACGCUGCUCGAAGCUGCCGCCCAACUUCCCGGUCACAGAUGAAAUGGUGAAGCCCUUUUUGGCCGAGGGGACCACUCUGAACAAAGAGAUGGAGAAUGGCAACAUAUUUAUUAUUGACUACAAAAUCAUGGAAGGUCUGCCAACAACGGUUUUGGAUGGUAAACGGGUUCCUCUGACUGCUGCGCUCUGCCUACUUUACAUGACUGAUGAAAAGAAAUUACGCCCCCUCGCCAUUCAGCUUGGCCAGCAGCCCUCCCAGGACAAUCCGAUUUUUCUGCCCAGCGAUUCCGAAGCGGACUGGCUGCUGGCGAAACUGCACGUGAGGCAUGUCGACACCUUGCACGGCUUGCUCGUCAGCCAUUUGCACAACACUCAUUUAGUCGCGGAGGUUUUUGCAAUGGCGACGCUUCGCAACCUGCCCGUGAUCCACCCGCUGCACAAGCUCUUGAUCCCGCAUCAUCGAAGCACCCUCUUUGCGAACACGGUCGCUCGCGCUCUUCUCUACGGCCCGGGGAGAUUCUUCGAUAACUCUUCAAUUUCUGCGGAAGGACAAGUGCCGCUCAUGAGAAGGGCGCUUGUCCAGUUGAGCUACGCGUCGCUCUGCGCUCCGGACGACAUCGCUGCCAGAGGUCUGGAGUCCGUCCCGAACUUUUAUUACAGAGAUGAUGCGUUGAGGAUGUGGAAUGUCAUUCACAGUUUUGUCACGGCAGUGGUGGCGUACUAUUAUCCGCUGGACAGUGAAGUGUCUGCGGAUUCGGAGCUUCAGCAAUGGGUCGACGAGAUCUUCAACUAUGGGUUCCUGGGGAAUGCCGCUUCAGGUUUUCCGUCAAGCCUUCAAAAUGUGGAGGAGCUGAUCAAGUACGUCACGAUGUUGAUCUUCACCGUGUCGGCGCGACAUGCGUCGUUGAACUCGGGGCAGAUGGAUUAUCUAACUUGGAUCCCCAAUGGUCCGUUGUUACUCCAUCUGGCUCCGCCCACUGCCAAGGGAAAUGCGAGCAUGGAGGACAUACUGACGACUCUGCCCAACAAAUCCUUUGGCUCGCUCGCCGCGUCUCUUCAUUGGUUCCUCAGCGAGAAGUAUGAUGACUUUGUCCCUCUGGGUCACUAUCCCCAACGUUUUAGUGAGCCUGCCGUCUUGAGGAUGAUUGAGGAUUUUCAAGCAGAAUUGUCCACAAUCAGCGACGCCAUCGUGAAGAGGAACGAGGAGCUUCGACUGCCCUACCCUUACUUGAACCCCAAAGAAAUCGAAAACAGCAUAUCGAUUUAACAGAUGUCGCCGGGACCAGUUGGUCUUUGC